GUUUGAUGGUUGAGCUCUCUCGGCUGCUUGUAUCUCACAAAGAUAACUCAAUGGAUAAUGUACUUUUACUCUUCAUCAUCUCUGUGGCGUUUACAGGUAAGUUGUAACUUCAUAGUAAUGUCUGCUGUGGUCGCUUUUUUACAUUUUCUACAUUAAGACAGUUGUUUAAAAAAAAAAAAGAAAAGCUAAUAUUAAAGCCCAUCAUACAUUGAAGUUGGCUGACAGAAACAACGACAAUUGUCAAGACAAAGGAUGAGUCUAAUGUAAUGUGAUUUAGUAGCAUGGUAAAUGUAGGAGUAUGUGUAAAUAUCACAAUUUGGUUAAGAAUUUGACUCUUUAAAAUUCUUACUAACAUUAGUGGAUCAUUGUUUUUGUUUCUUGCCUGUUUUGAUCUACAUUUGAAUUUUGUCUCACUUUGACUUACAAUAUGGCAACCAGGGAAAAAAACAACAACAACAACAACAAAAAAAAAACAGUUUCCAGCCAUCAGUUUAUAGACAGUCAGUCCAACAAUGAUAACGCUCUCUGCUAUGAAAUAGAGUCAAACUGGAUAUUUUGUGUUUUAAUGCCUUCAGCAGAGAUCUUCUCAGACCUGUUUUUGUCUCUUCUAGGUGUAACCCAUGGAGUUGGUAUAUUACCAGACAGUCUGGAUGCAGCUGUUGGGGGGGAAAGUGGAUUUCACCACAACACUGAAUCCAACAGUAAUCCCAUUCAUAAACAUUCGCUGGAAGUUUGGUGAGAAACUUACAAUCAUCUCAAAUGUUAAUAACAUCACUGAGCCAGAUUAUGAGAACAGGAUCACCCUCUUCACCUCUACUGGAUCUCUGGAGCUCAGGAAUCUGAGAGUUGAUGAUAGCGGAAAUUACACAGUUAGGAUUGUAACGUCUGGAGUGAAUGAGCCUGAGGGCACAACAAGACUACGAGUUCAUGGUGAGCAAAUGUUUCACAUGUAUCUUUCACAGAAAAAUCAGUGAUUAUACACAGCAAAUGACUGAGAAAUAUAUAAUAUUAAACUUGUAAGGGGUUUCAUUUAGGGUCUUAACAUAAACUUGCAAUCUUGAAAAUAACUCAGAAUCUAAAGACAAAUGUAGAGUUUUUAUUGUUUUGAUUGGGAAGGUUUUUUUUUUUUUUUGGCUAAAACUGUUGAUCAGAUCUGAUGAAACAACACCCUCAAAAUGUUAAUAAACUAUUUCUGUGGGGCUCUAAAUUGUUAAAACCCUGAUGAGGACCUUUAAGUGUAAGGUCAAACAUUUCUAAUAUAUGUUCAAUAAUAAAUCUGUUCCAUUUUUAAAGUAAUAGACUAACCAGUUUAAAUUAAACUCUUCUAAAUCCACAAAUAUUUUCUUCUUUAAAAAAAAGUUGGAAAAAAUCUCAAGUCAAAGUCAACACAAACGUUUCAAAUUUCUGUCUUAGACCAGAUGACUAAAGAUAUUAAAGUACAAUAAAAUGAAAAACAGACUCAAGUGUAAAGAUAUCACAGUGACAUGUGGUUCAAACCUGAAAGAUUUGUGGCCAAACUAAUGUUUCACAGAUAGAGAAACACUGACAUACUUUAUGUGCAUCACCAUGAAAACUUUAGGCUGAGUUCCUGGAUGGAUGGAUGGAUGGAUGGAUAGAUAGAUAGAUAGAUAGAUAGAUAGAUAGAUAGAUAGAUAGAUAGAUAGAUAGAUAGAUAGAUAGAUAGAUAGAUAGAUAGAUAGAUAGAUAGAUAGAUAGAUAGAUAGAUAGAUAGAUCUUUUCAAUGUGACAGAUCCCUCUGGCUGUCAUAAUAUGUUGUACCAUAAGAGGGCAGCACAUGGCCUUUUUUUUUGCAUUUUAUCUAUCCAAAGAUUAUUUUUGUAUGUUUUGAUGAACUCAACAGAUGGCGAGACAACAUAAAGAACACUUUUCGGUAAUCACUGAUGAAACAAACGGUUCACAACCAUGGUGACUCAUUUUAUUGCUUCUUUUGUCAUACAGUUGUAUAAAAUCUAAACAACCUGUUGUCCCUUUGCUCCUACCUGUGUAGACUAAAAUAUUUACAUACAUUUGGUGAUUUGUGAAACAGUUGGAGUUAAUUUGUGAGUUUUUUUUUUUUUUUUGUUUUUAAACACUGUACUGAAGGUCAAACCAGUUAUAUACUAACCUUAACCCUGACAGCAUUAUGAUAAUAAUUAUAAUAAUAACAUCAACAACAACAAAAACAAAAGUGACGUGCGAAACCACAUCUUUAAAUUCGACAAGGCUUUGCCUAAGCGUUCUUAAUCUUAUAUUCUAUUCCUCUAACAAUGCCAUAUAUUAAACCUUUAAAAAGUGUACAAAACAAACAACAUACCUUACCACAGGUGCCAGAAUUUCAUAAUUUCAUCUCAACACAUUUCUGUAUACAGUCGCUGUGAGAAUCACAUGAAGAAGAGAAUAUUUCUAGAUGAUUCUGCAUCUUCUAAAAACUAACAUAUAUAUAUAUAUAUAUAUAUAUAUAUAUAUAUAUAUAUACACAUAUAUUUAUAUUCAGUUAUACAUUACUUCCAUGCCUUCAUUCCAUUGCAACACUGAAAAUAAUGCUACAUUCACAAACAUGGUAACAACAUUAAACACUUAAAUUCAAACACAUUUGCCCCUUUAGUUUUAUCAGGAAAACAUCUUGAAAUGUUUUACUUAGUUGCUUUACUUUCUCUGUUAUUUUGUAACUGCAUUAGAUCGUGAUUUCAUUUACCAGUAUUUAAAAUUUUAUCUGGUGUAAAGAAGAAAAAAAAAUCUUCCUGGGUGAAAACGUUGAGUCUAUAUGUUUUCAUAUACUUUCAUAUUUUCGUUCUCAUAAACGGGUUCUUCUCUCUGUGGUUGUUGCAGUUGCACUGUAAGAAAAACAAACUUUUGUUAAAGUUGUGAUCGCCUAAGUGGGUAAGCACUCAGUUGAAAAUGGUUUGACUUUUGGAACACUGCUGCCAUGCUUUUCAAUGUCACUUCUUGCAACUAUCAACUACCAAUGAGAAGAGAGAAGGGGCGGGGCUUUGAGCACUUUUUUUGGUACUUUGAAAUGGAGUUUUGUUAAUCAUGUAGAGGAGACCACAUUAAUCUAUCCUCUCAGUCAUUUUUUCAAAAGCUUCAUAAGGUCAUGAGUUAGUGUUGUACAAUAGACCUAAAAAUUGCUACUGGAGAAAGCAGAAGUGCUGCAAGACGACUCAUUUAAAUUUAGGUGAGAAGUCACAGACAAUGCCAUAAUAGAAAUGACUCAUUAACCUUUGUGUGCCGUAAAUCAGCUCACUCAUGCAAUCAUCCCAGUGUCUGUACUAAUGUGAAAAAAUGUCAACCCGAAUUCAUGUUUGUCCCUGUGAACUUACUGUUGUACACACCCAGGCAUGAGACAGGAAGACACAAAGCCCUAAGUCUGUAGCCAUAUCCAACUCACUUUUACUGAGCUGUAACUUCAUUUAUGAUUUCAAUCUCCAGACACGCUGACAGGAUCAGCGGAAGCUAAUAUUGUUGUUUCAAUAGGUCCAAACUCAACCCAGGCUCAAGUGUUGGGGAGUCCCUUAAACUCGACUGGAAGUCUUUAUUGAUCACCUGAGACCAAACUCAGACUUGAGGUUUGGUGACUCAAAUAUAACACAGAGUGUAUGAAUAUGUGCAAAAUGAAACAACAAACACCUUCAUGUAUAACACACUUACCUAUACUGGGAAAGGACGUUUUCUGGAUUUUUCUGCUCAGAGAUGAAAUAAUGAGUCAUUCAAGUGUCCCUUAGACAUUAGAUAGACAUGAUUUUAGCAAAUUAAUCAUGAUAUUGUAUGAAAGCUACUUUUUACUUACUUUUUCUUGUAAAAGUAGAACCCGACACCGCAAGCUGCUCCAAUGACUACAAGACAUGUGAUUACUAUUCCAGCGAUACAACCAGGCCCACAGGGGGGUGUUGGGUCUGGGAGGGCUGAUAUGAGACAGGGAAAAAAAAUUAAAUAGUUAUGAAACUAAAAUGUGAAUAAGAGCUGUGUCAUUAAACCUGUGCAUACAAACUAUGUAGUAAUUUCUUCUAUUACUUGUUUUCACAGCUGUUAUAGUUAUAGAUACUUUUGUAUGUGUUCAAGGUUAGGCCUUGAUGUUGGAAAACAUUUCAGCAGCUGACCUGUUCCUGAAGCAGAAAUGUUGUCAUGAGUUUAAUAUUCGGUCUAAAGAAAAACUCACUGUCACUUUUAUUCACUUUCUUGGGGGUGCUGCUGAGGUGAAACCCUCUGAGGCUUGAGAGUGUUGGAUCAGAUCCUAUGAAUGGUCUUUAGUGAUGUUACUGCAGUCCUCAGUGAAGCUAAAAACUACAAGUCUCAGUCUAGUAAAGUAGAAGAAUACUUAAAAUAAAAACCACAUCAACUUUGUUUCUCUUACAUUGAUCGUGAUACUUCUUGUUUAAGCUGACUUUUUAGAGUCACAAACUCUCAAACACUCCGUCUAAAGCUAAUUUGACUAUUUUGGGGCCAGUAAAGAGAACUUUUGAUUGCUGUGUCAAGACCUGACAGUAAAUCAGCCUCAUGUCAUUUGAUAAACUGGAUGUAAAAGAAAAAUCUUCCAGGUGUCAACCAUUCUUCAAAUGUUCAUCUUCUCACCUGUGACAGUCAAUUCAAGCACCGCAGACAAAGAUCUCCCAGUCAUGUCAUUCUUUGCUUGACAGGUGUAGUUUCCACUGUCAGAGGCUUCAGCAUCAUUUUUAGUGUACACAGCAGAAGAGUGUAUCACCCUCCCAUUCAGUAACCAGGUGAAGCUAGCAGAUGGUUCAGACUCAGCAGUGCAGGUUAAUUCAGUGGUCCCUCCGAAAUGGACCAGACUGUUACCUUUGAUUUGAACAGUAUCUGGUCCAUCUGAAAAAAUAAACAGUUCACGUAAAGAUUGACUAUUUUGGCUUUUGAGCAAACAAUCAGUGUUAAGGAAGUGCAUUUUUAUAACAGGGCUGAUUAUAUUGAAGAGGAAACAUUCUCUGUACAGUUUACUUACAGAUCACAACUAAGUUGUAUUUAGCUACCAUGGAAUUGAUGGGGUUGCUGAUUUUGCAGGAAUACACUCCUUCGUUUUUUCUCAUCAGUGGUUGAAAGGACAGCACUCUGUUGUUGUCGUAAAACUUGAUGUUGUCAGCUUGAGUCAGAUCUGAUCCGUCCUUCAUCCACUCUCUGGUUAACACAGAUCCAGCAGCAUCACAGGUUAAGUUGACUAAGUUCCCCUCAAUAGGCUGGUUUGUUGAUGGUUUGACUGAAGCCUCUGAGAUUCUCUCUGUUGAAGGAAAGAUUAUGAAAGCAUCUUAUUCUUAAAGAGUCCAUUCAAACAUUUAAUGAAAAGUAAAAAAAAAUCACUUUUCCUGUGAUUACCACUUGAUUUGAUUUGAUCAUUUCAAGAUUUUUACCUUAAGUUUAAUGAAACCCUUAAACCUGCAGUAAAUUUGGAGGAAUGUUUCUGUCUAUCAGGUAUAUCAAGCCUGUUUUUGAUCAUUUUCUUUUGUAGCUAUCCCUAAAUGCUGCCGUGUCCAAAUUCACAAAAGUUCACACAAGAGUUUUGUGGUCAAACUAUUGUCUGUGGAUCUGUGUGGUCUGCUGAAACACUUUGAUGAAUUAGAGGGAAAGAUGUGGUUUUACCUAAAAUGACUAUUUUAUUUAUUUAUUUUUACAAUUGGCUGCUGACUUUUUCUGCAGAAUGUAACCACUGAUACUAUUUUCUUGUCAGGUCUUGUCACUGGAAAUAUGUCCUCAGUGAAAUCAUGCUGAUAUGAUGUUUGUUUACUUUCUGACACUCUGUAAAGUCAUUGAACAAAAUAUCUUUAAGACACAGUAUAGAAAACUUAAUUGUCUAGGAGAUGGACUGGUGAUUUGAAAUACAUUAUCAUCUCUACUUUUAGCUCUGCUAUUGUCUCCACCACAUAGUCUGAUCCCACCCUUUGACUUAUACAAAGACUGACACUGUGUUUGACCUUCUCCUGUUGAACAAAAGAGAAACCAGAUCAGGACAUGGACUUCAUUUUAUAAAAUGACCAAUGUCCAAUCUGUCAAUAUGGAUAUAUUUUUAGUUGAACAAAUUUAUGUGUAUUUAGAUGUUUAUUCUAUUUAACGACAGUAACAGUGACAAAAAAGUUAAGUGUUUGAUAACCCCAAUCAUUUUUAAUCUGAGACCUCUCAGUUGUCCCUGUGAGCAAAAAAAUACAGUCUCAUGCCAGUGUUAAUGUCUUUAUGUUCCACAGAUUUUAGUGCAUCCUUUUUACAUUUGAAUCAAGGUUAAAUUUCAUCCAUUUGCCUUUUUUUAAACAAAGCUAGUCUUUAAACUCACCCAGCACAGACACUGAUAACAGCAUCGAUGUGUCACUUCUCAGAGUUUUGUUAUUAAAGGACCGGCAGCUGUAGUUUCCACUCUGUCUCUCCUGAAUGUUGGUCAGCUUCAGCUCUUCUCCAGUACCAGGCAGCUGGUCUCCAUUCAGAAACCAGUUAAAGUGAGCUUUAGGUCUGGAGUCAGCUGAGCAGAACAGGCUGAUGUCUGAUCCAGCCUCAAAGUGUUGAGGUGAAGAUAAGUUUAGUUUUGUAUUUUCAGGGCCGUCUAGUGAUGGGGGAAACAACAGUAAAAUGAUUUACAGAUUAUUUAAAGAUGAUGUUUCCAAUCAGAGGGAUUCAGAUAAAGUUCUGGAUAUGAAGGUAAGACACUCACAGCUCACAGAGAGGGGAACUGGAUCACUGGUGUCCUCACUGACAGGAUUGGACACAUAACAACUAUAAUUCCCCUGAUCAUAGCGGAUCACAGGAGUAAUGGUGAGAGCGGAGCCUUCAUCAGUGAACUGGACUCUGUCACCAGCUGUGACCACAGAGGAGCCGUUCAUCCAGAGAAAAGAGAGGGAGGAUCCAGAGGUGACGGAGCAGGAGAGACGCACUGAGCUACCCUCCACUAGGUCUGUGCUGCUGGCACUGACUUUAACAUCAGUGAUUGGCACUGUGAGAAAGAAAAUGGUUUUUAUUUUUAUCUAUUUAUUUUUUUAACUAAAUAUGAGAACAAAACUUCUUUGAUAUUAUCUGACCGAAAGCUUUGAACUACCAUAGUCAGUAAGAACUCAGCCUAAAGUUUUCAUGGUGAUGCACUUAAAGUAUGUCAGUGUUUCUCGAUUUGUGAAACAUUAGUUUGACCACAAAUGUUUGAGGUUGGAGCCACAUGUCAUUGUGAUAUCUUUACACUGGAGUCUGUGUAUCAUUUUACUGUGCCUUUAUAUCUUCAGUCAGCUGGUCUGAGACAGAAAUCUAAAAUGUUUGUGUUGACUUUAACUCAAUACUUUUUUUAACCCUUUUGUUAAAAAAAGAAAAUAUUUGUGGAUUUAGAAGAGUUUAAUUAAAACAGUAUAGUCUAUUGCUUUUAAAAUUGAACUGAUUUAACAUUGAACAUAUAUCAGAAAUGUUUGACCUUACACUUAAAGGUCCUCAUCAGGGUUUUAACAAUUUAGGGCCCCACAGAAAUGGAUCAUCAAGACAUUUUGAGGGUGUUGUUUCAUCAGAUCUGAUCAACAGUUUUAGCCAAAAAAACAAAAACCUUUCACCAUCAAAAGAAAAAAAAUCUGCACUUGUCUUUAGAUUCUGAGUUAUUUUUAAGCUUGCAUGUUAUCAAUCUAAAUAGAGACCAUAAAUGAAACCUCUUGAUAGUUUAACAAGAAAUCUAUUUCUUAAUCAUUUGCUGUGUAUAAUCACUGAUUUAUUUUUUGAAGGAUACAUGUGAAACAUUUGCUCACCAUGAACAUGUAGUCUUGUUGUGCCCUCAGGCUCAUUCGAUCCAGCCUCCGUAAUCCUAACUGUGUAUUCUCCGCUAUCAUUAACUGUUAGAUUCCUGAGCUCCAGAGAUCCAGUAGAGGGGAAGAGGGUGAUCCUGCCCUCAUAAUCUGGCUCAGUGACGUUAAUAACAUUUGAAGUGAUUAUAUUUUCAUCACCAAACUUCCAGCCAAUGUUUAUGAAUGGGAUUUCUGUUGGACUCAGUGUUGUGGUGAAAUCCACUUUCCCCCCAACAGCUGCAUCCAGACUGUCUGGUAAUAUACUAACUCCAUGGGUUACACCUAGAAGAGACAAAAACAGGCCUGAGGAGAUCUCUGCUGAAGGCAUUUAAACACAGAAACAGGUGUGAUGAAUGAAGGAAGUCAACAGUAUUUCAGUUUGUCGAUGUUUUCAUGUUGUGAUCAAAUUUUUAUUCGAUGAUUUCUACAAAGAUAACAUGCUGUUGAAUUAAAAUGAAUACAAUGAAAAUUUGUUUAGUGAAAUAAAAAAUAAAACUUAAUUUAAUUUUUUAAGUCCUUUCAGUGUUGGCCAAUCUCUACUUGCUGCCUUAAAUGUUUAUUACAAUUUAUAAUUGAAAUGGAUGUUUUAUCCAAAAUAUAUCUGAGUCAUUUUUAAUAAAAAAUUUGCACAUUCGUCUGCAACACCUUCCUGGAUGAACACAGCAGGAAUAAAAUUUUAAUGUAUGUGCUGAAAUGUGAAGUGAUAACUUACCUGCAAUGACUCCAAAGAGGAUGAUGUGUAUCACAGUUUUUUCCAUUUCAUCUAAAGAAUCAAAUAAUAUGAGGAAGAUUGGUUUGUUUUACACUCUAGACUUGUCCUGUAAAUGUCCAGUAUCAAAUGUGAAUUUCAGGAAGUAAAGACAGUUUGAGGAAAUAAUGUCUUAUCAGGGUUGUGUGUACCUGCUGUUAAGUCCCUUUGUUAAUCAUUGAUAAAAUAUGUUGAUUAUAGUCCACAGAACAAACUAUGAGCAACUUCAAUCCCUUCCUCUGCUGAGCGGACAACACAAGAAAUUUGUUGCAAUUAUAUUUUUCAGCAUUUGAAGUCCCUCAACCAACAACAAUAACAACCACCAGACUCGAUUCUUCAACAAUGGACUCAAAACACUUGUAUCAGGGACUUCAUCAUUAUUGGCGAUUUUCAUUUAUCUUUAUCACUGAGUGGCACCAGCUCAUUCUGUGGAGACUUGGCAUAAGUCCACAUUGCAGUAGGUCCAAUAAGGAUCUGUUGUGAAUCACCCCCCAAUUCUACUUUGAACAUGUUCUGGCUUUCUUUAGCUGUCCUGUCAAAUGAAAUCAAUAAUGUCCACCAAAAUACUUCUGUUAUGUUGUAGGCUAACACUGAUAUUUGCUUCUUAAAGGGUAGCCGUGUUUCUGACCACACUUCAAAACAAUAAAACAACUGAAUUAAACCUAAAGACCUGUUGUUUUCUCUGUGAGAAAAUAAUAGACAUAAAAAUGAUUCUUUUCCAGAAAUCAUCAUUGCACCAUUCUCACAGUUAUGAAUGAGUUAUUAUGUUCAUUUGAUCAUUUUUAGGUUCUUUCAUUUUACCCAGUACAGACGGAACUGUUUAUAGUAAUAAUUCCUGUCUGUCAGUUUUAUGGUUUGUGGUCACUUUUAUAUAAUGUUCUGGUUUGCCCACCAGAGGGCGCUGUCUGACAGCAGCUUCAGUGCGUUUCUCUCUCACCCUUUAACACUAUCAGGAGCAGACUCUUAAAACUGGGUCUGCUGGACUCUCACAGUUAUUCGCUGUCAGUUUGAUGGUUGAGCUCCCCUCGGCUGCUUGUAUCUCACAAAGAUAACUCAAUGGAUAAUGUACUUUUACUCUUCAUCAUCUCUGUGGUGUUUACAGGUAAGUUGUAACUACAUAGUAAUGUCUGCUGUUGUCGCUUUUUACAUUUUCUACAUUAAGAAAGUUUAAAGCCCAUCAUACAUUGAACUUGACUGACUGAAACAACGACAACUGUCAAGACAAAGGAUGAGUCUAAUGUAAUGUGAUUUAGUAGCAUGAAUGUAGGACUACAUGUAAAAAUCACAGUUUGGUUAAGAAUUUGACCCUUUGAAAUUCUUAUCAUUCUAGUGGCUCAUUGUUUUUCUUUCUUGUCUGUUUUGAUCUACAUUUGAAGCUUUUCUCACUUUGACUAACCACGAAAAAAACAAAACCCAACAGUUUCCAGCUUUCAGUUCUAAGAAAGCCACUCCAACAACUCUCUCAGCUAUGAAAUAGAGUCAAACUAAAUAUUUUAUGUUUAAAUGCCUUCAGCAGAGAUCUCCUCAGACCUGUUUUUGUCUCUUCUAGGUGUAACCCAUGGAGUUAGUAUAUUACCAGACAGUCUGGAUGCAGCUGUUGGGGGGAAAGUGGAUUUCACCACAACACUGAGUCCAACAGAAAUCCCAUUCAUAAACAUUCUCUGGAAGUUUGGUGAUGAAAAUAUAAUCACUUCAAAUGUUAUUAACGUCACUGAGCCAGAUUAUGAGGGCAGGAUCACCCUCUUCCCCUCUACUGGAUCUCUGGAGCUCAGGAAUCUAACAGUUAAUGAUAGCGGAGAAUACACAGUUAGGAUUACGGAGCCUGGAUCGAAUGCGCCUGAGGGCACAACAAGACUACAUGUUCAUGGUGAGCAAAUGUUUCACAUGUAUCCUUCAAAAAAUAAAUCAGUGAUUAUACACAGCAUAUGAUUAAGAAAUAGAUUUCUUGUUAAACUAUCAAGAGGUUUCAUUUAUGGUCUCUAUUUAGAUUGAUAACAUGCAAGCUUAAAAAUAACUCAGAAUCUAAAGACAAGUGAAGAUUUUUUUUCUUUUGAUGGUGAAAGGUUUUUGUUUUUUUGGCUAAAACUGUUGAUCAGAUCUGAUGAAACAACACCCUCAAAAUGUCUUAAUGAUCCAUUUCUGUGGGGCCCUAAAUUGUUAAAACCCUGAUGAGGACCUUUAAGUGUAAAGUCAAACAUUUCUGAUAUAUGUUCAAUGUUAAAUCAGUUCCAUAUAAAGAGAAAUAGACUAUACAGUGUUAAUGCCAUAAAUCCACAAAUAUUUUCUUCUUUAACAAAAAGGUUGAAAAAAAUCUCAAGUUAAAGUCAACACAAACGUUUCAAAUGUCUGUCGUAGACCAGAUGACUGAAGAUACAAAAGCACAGGAAAAUGAUACACAGACUCCAGUGUGAAGUCUGCAAACAUUUGUGGUCAAACCAAUGUUUCACAGAUCAAGAAACACUGACAUACUUUAGGUGCAUCACCAUGAAAACUUUAGGCUGAGUUCUUACUGACUGUGGUAGUUCAAAGCUUUCGGUCAGAUCCUAUCAAAGAAGUUUUGUUCACAUAUUUAGUUCAACCUUCCUGAUGGUGUGAAAUUGGACUGCUGAACACUCUGUUAAAAAUGGUCACUGCAGUUUCCCUCUGCUCUGCUUUUGUUAAACGGUAAAAAUAAAAACCAUUUUCUUUCUCACAGUGCCAAUCACUGAUGUUAAACUCAGUGCCAACAGCACAGACUUAGAGGAGGGUAGCUCGGUGCGUCUCUCCUGCUCCGUCACCUCUGGAUCCUCCCUCUCUUUUCUCUGGAUGAACGGCUCCUCUGUGGUCACAGCCGGUGACAGAGUCCAGUUCACUGAUGAAGGCUCCACUCUCACCAUUACUCCUGUGAUCCGCUAUGAUCAGGGGAAUUAUAGUUGUAAUGUGACCAACCCUGUCAGUGGUCCUGUCAGUAAGAAUACCAGUGAUCCAGUUUACCUCUCUGUGAGCUGUGAGUGUCUUACCUUCAUAUCCAGAACUUUAUCUGAAUCCCUCUGAUUAGAAAUGUCAUCUUUAAAUAAUCUUUAAAUCCUUUUACUGUUGUUUCCCCCAUCACUAGACGGCCCUGAAAAUACAAAACUAAACUUAUCUUCACCACAACACUUUGAGGCUGGAUCAGACAUCAGCCUGUUCUGCUCAGCUGACUCCAGACCUAAAGCUCACUUUAACUGGUUUCUGAAUGGAGACCAGCUGUCUGGUACUGGAGAAGAGCUGAAGCUGACCAACAUUCAGGAGAGACAGAGUGGAAACUACAGCUGCCGGUCCUUUAAUAACAAAACUCUGAGAAGUGACACAUCGAUGCUGUCAUCAGUGUCUGUGCUGGGUGAGUUUAAAGACCAGCUUUGUUUAAAAAAAGGCAAAUGGAUCAAAUUUAACCUUGAUUCAAAUGUAAAAAGGAUGCACUAAAAUUUGAGGAACAUGAAGACAUUAACACUGGCAUGAGACUGUGUUUUUUGCUCACAGGGACAACUGAGAGGUCUCAGAUUUAAAAUGAUUGGGGUUAUCUAACACUUAACUUUUUUGAGUGCUCAGCAGAAAAUUUCACUGUUACUGUCGUUAAAUAGAAUAAACAUCUAAAUACACAUAAAUUUGUUCAACUAAAAAUAUAUCCAUGUUGACAGAUUGAACGUUGGUCGUUUUAUAAAAUGAAGUCCAUGUCCUGAUCUGGUUUCUCUUUUGUUCAACAGGAGAAAGUCAAACACAGUGUCAGUCUUUGUAUAAGUCAAAGGGUGGGAUCAGACUGUGUGGUGGAGACAAUAGCAGAGCUAAAAGUAGAGAUGAUAAUGUAUUUCAAAUCACCAGCCCAUCUCCUAGAAAAUUAAGUUUUUUAUACUGUGUCUUAAAGAUAUUUUGGUCAAAGACUUUGCAGAUUGUUAGAAAGAAAACUAAUGACAUAUCAACAGGAUUUCACUGAGGACAUAUUUCCAGUGACGAGACAUGACAAGAGAUUAGUAUUAGUGGUUACAUUAUGCAGAAAAAGUCAGCAGCCAAUUGUAAAAAUCAAUUAAAAAACACUAAUUAUAUUAGCUAAAAACACGCCUUUCCCUUAAAUUCAUCCAAGUGUUUCAGCAGACCAGACAUAUCCACAGACAAUGGUUUGAGCACAAAACUCAGAAAAGUAACAGUGCAGUACAUGUCUGUAAAGUUUCCUUCAUUCAGAUAUGUUUGUAAAUUUGGACACAGCAGCAUUUAAGGAUAGCUACAAAAGAAAAUGAUCAAAAACAGGCUUGAUAUACCUGAUAGAAAGAAACAUUCCUCCAUAUUUACUGCAGGUUUAAGGGUUUCAUUAAAACUUAAGGUAAAACUCUUGAAAUGAUCAACUCAAGUGGUAAUCACAGGAAAAGUGCAAAAUUUUAAUUUUUAUUGAAUGUUUGAGUCGACUCUUAAAGAAUAACAAGCUUUCAUAAUCUUUCCUUCAACAGAGAGAAUCUCAGAGGCUUCAGUCAAACCAUCAACAAACCAGACUAUUGAGGGGAACUUAGUCAACUUAACCUGUGAUGCUGCUGGAUCUGUGUUCACCAGAGAGUGGGUGAAGGACGGAUCAGAUCUGACUCAAGCUGACAACAUCAAGUUUUACGACAACAACAGAGUGCUGUCCUUUCAACCACUGAACAGAACGAACAAAGGAGUGUAUUCCUGCAAAAUCAGCAACCCCAUCAAUUCCAUUGAAGCUAACUACAACCUAAGUGUAAUCUGUAAGUAAACUGUACAGAGAACGUUUCCUCUUCAAUAUAAUCAGCCCUGUUCUAAAAAAGCACUUCCUUAACACUGAUUGUUUGCUCAAAAGCCAAAAUAGUCAAUCUUUACGUGAACUGUUUAUUUUUUCAGAUGGACCAGAUGCUGUUCAAAUCAAAGGUGACAGUCUGGUCAAUAUCGGAGGGACCAUUGAAUUAACCUGCACUGCUGAGUCUGAACCAUCUGCUAGCUUCACCUGGUUACUGAAUGGGACAGUGAUACACUCUUCUGCUGUGUACACUAAAAAAGAUGCUGAAGCCUCUGACAGUGGAAACUACACCUGUCAAGCAAAGAAUGACAUAACUGGGAAAUCUUUGUCUGCGGUGCUUGAAUUGACUGUCACAGGUGAGAAGAUGAACAUUUGAAGAAUGGUAGACACCUGGAAGAUUUUUCUGUUACAUCCAGUUUAUCAAAUGGCAUGUGGCUGAUUUACUGUCAGCAAUCAAAAGUUCUCUUUUCUGGCCCUGAAAUAGUCAAAUUAGCUUUAGACGGAGUGUUUGAGAGUUUGUGACUCUAAGAAGUCAGCUCAGACAAAAAGUAUCACGAUCAAUGUAAGAGAAACAAAGUUUCUACUUUACUAGACUGAGACUUGUAGUUUUUAGCUUCAGUGAUGACUGCAGUAACAUCACUAAAGACCAUUCAUAGGAUCUGAUCCAACACUCUCAAGCCUCAGAGGGUUUCACCUCAACAAGAAAGUGAACAAAUUCAUGAUCUGUGAAAUCUUUGGAGUUUUUCUUUAGACCGAAUAUUAAACUCAUGACAACAUUUCUGCUUCAGGAACAGGUCAGCUGCUGAAACGUUUUCCAACGUCAAGGCCUAACCUUGAACACAAACAAAAGUAUUUUUAACUGCUCAGCUGUGAAAACAAGUAACGGAAGAAAUUACUGCAUAGUUUGUAUGCACAGGUUUAAUGAUACAGCUCUUAUUCACAUUAUAGUUUAAUAAUUAUUUUAUUUUUUCUCCCUUUCUCAUAUCAGCCCCCCCAGACCCAACACCACCACCACCACCACCACCUUAUUAUAUCAUUGGAAUAGUAAUUGCAUGCGUUGUGGUCAUUGGAGCAGCCUGUGGUGUUGGGUUCUACUUUUACAAGAAAAAGUAAGUUAAAAGUAUCCUCAAUACAAUAUCAGGUAGUACAUAUAGUGGCUCAGUUAUACUAGCUAUAGAUUCACAGAUGUGUGAGAGGUGAAAAAUACAUGUCCUAUAGUUUGAGUACAGUUACAGUUUUACUCUUCAAUACUUCUGCAAUAUUUCCAUCGACAAUGUACAACUUCACCGUUCAAGUUUUUUGUCAGGUUUAAAUUUUAAACUGUCAGCUGUAUGGCUCACAGUAACCUGUUCACAACCUUGGUGGCUGAACUCUUGGCAUCUUUAGGGUACAAAAUGUGAAAAAUAUAGAUUUCUUAUGACUGGGACAAAAUAAAGGUUAUCCGUUUCCUGAGACAAAAAUAUCUGUAAGUCAGAAAAAAUUAAUAGGUCUUUAUGUUUUCUCAUUUUGGUCAAUUAGCUUUCUCACUUGAAUGAAUGGAUUCUGUCUUACCAGUAACAGUUUACAGUGAGUGAUUCAGAUACAGAAAUAAUGCCUUUUUAAAUUUCCAUUAUUAUUUUGCAAAAGUCAGACCAUGUCUAUCUAAUGUCUGAGGUAAACACUACUGACUGAUUAUUUCUCAAAACAGAAGAGGCCAGAAAACCUCCCACUCCCCCAGAGCUGGUAAGUAUAUUCGUGGAAAGGUUUUUGUUUUAUUGUUCACUUAUUACAGAUCCAGUCUUGUCAUAAGUCAGCAAACCUCAAGUCUGAGGCCAGUCUCAAGUCACCAAAGAAGAACCUGGGUCCAGUCUGAGCUGAGUCUUCAUUAUCUGAGUCAUAUCCUCAUUGUGCAUGUUCUUAAUUAUGAGAGGGAGGACCUCAAGUUUUAAUCAGAGCUAUUAACUGUUGGUGUCAGCACGUCUGGAGAUGAACAUGAUCAAUGAAGUUACUGCGCACAACGCCUCUCUUAAUGGAGAGACGCCGCCCAUUGAUUCGGCAGAGACUGGAUCACUGCAAGUAUCUUAAUAAGCUUAAAAAAACCUGCAUCCAGCCUGCUAAUGAUCAAAAUUUUAACUUUGAACAAACGUCAUGAGACCAGUCGUUGAGUCACUGACAAUGCUCACUAUUAGCUAAAAGUUAACUGCGCUUAACUUUGGCAUCUCACUUCUCUGGAGUCAUCCUUACAGAUGUUUGUUAAAGUUUAAUUUUGUUUCUACAUCCCAAAUGGUUCCAUGACAGAUUGAACAUGUUGCACUGGAAAAUUUUUGACAGAAAAGUACAGACUCUUGGUGUCUCUUUAGGCAUCCUGGUCGGAACUGUUACCAAACAUGACAGUAAAUGAACACCCGGGACUGUCCUAAAUGUGGACUAAGGUUUAUGAAGCUGAGUUUUGAUGGCAGUGAUGGCAGCCCUCAUAUUAGAUUUACUGGAUCAACCAGACUGAGCGAGAGGCAAAGAGGUGGAGUUAAGGUGGACCUUCAUCAGUGUGUCUGCUUGUCAAGUCAGCUGAGCCCUGCUUAUUCAAAACUUGCAACUUUAGUUCUAUGACAACAAAAGACAAGACCAAAAGACAAGUCCUAAUGCAAUCAGUGCUGUGUCUCAGUCCAAGUCUUCAUUAUCAAUAGGCAAAAUAUCUGACUAGGUUCAAGUCCAAGCCUUAAUCCAAAGGGGACACAGGACGAGAUCUUUUACCAAGUCCUGGUACACCUUAGGAUCAAACCUUGUAAAUCAGUGGUCAAAUUCUGGUUGACUCCUGAAAAUCAGGCCUUGAGUUACACUCUGAGACUCCAGUUCUACAACACGGCAUACAGUCUUCAUGACCCUCUUUGUUGAACUCUGCUCAACAUUGUUUAUUUCUCGUUUUUAAGGAGGUGGCGGUCAGGACAAUUCAGCCUUCCAAGGAAAUAAGGUAAACGCUGCAUGACUGCUCUCCUAAUCGUCACUUAGAAGAAACAAAUGAUGCAGAAAAUCCGGGAAGUCAGUCAGUCUGAGCACAACUACACAUUCAAGGCUUUAUUUUGUUAUGUUUUAAAUUUUAUGUAUUCUAUAAAGACUCAAUAGAUAGUGAGUAAAACAAUUUACAAAUAAGAAAUGAAUAAAUCAGGAUAUCGUGAUCUGUUUUCUCUGAUCUGUGAGUGUGAUCUGGUUCCUGUGGGUUGGUUCAAAAGAGCUCCAGGCUCAUGGAGGAUCUAUUAAUAGCACAGUGCAAAACACUAGACUUUGAACCUUGAAGAGUUUUUUUAGUGGACACAGUAAAGUGGGGAGUGUACAUGUGUGUCAGCCCGUGACGGCGCUGUGAUACAGCUUCCCUUUUUUGUUGUGUCAGAUAUCGCUCUUGCAGUGUAACCAAAGUCUGAAUGCAUGUUUGGUUACACAGUAUCAAAUGAAUCUGAACAUUUUUCAUCCCCUUCAUCCUCCAGGAGCUGGACUACGCAGAUAUUGCAGCUUUCCAUAGGAAAGAUGGUGGGACGGUCCAACUGAGGCCACAGAAUGAGACAUCAGAGUACGCUCAGGUCAGAAUCAACAACAACCGUCCUGCAGCGUCCUCCCCUCCCACCUAUGACGCCCACAUACAGAGAUCGAAGAGCCAGGCUCCUCAGCCUCCUGCUAAUGGAGCUCAGGUUUAUGCUGAGGUUCGCAAAAAAUAGUCAGAUUAACAAUAUUAGAUCAUAUAGUCGGACUAGACCAGAAGCCUCUGAUGUGUGGUCAGAAAAGCCUCCUUUCUCAGGUAUUUUUGUGGAGGACUCCUGUGGACUUGAGUCCAGUGAAAGCACUUUACCAGCAGUUAAUAUUCAACCAGCUCAUGACAGGAAUUGAGAUUAGAAGGCACAAUGCCGCCAUAUAAACUGGCACACAACGCAUUCAGGAACUUCUCUCUGCCUUUCUUUGCGUUCACAUUUAUGGGUGUAAAUAUUCUCUCUAUUUGAUUAGGUUGUUUACUUUAGAUUGAUGCUUGAAUCAGAUGUGAAGUCACAUUUGAUUCUACAUGUGUGCCGAUUUGCAGCUUGUUUGACAGAAACAGACUUCAAUAGUUGUAAGCUUUACUUAUUUUUAUUUAAAUCUAUCUUUUAGCAGUAUUUUACAGGGUACCAGCAAACCUACAAAACUUUUAUUACAAUUGAAAGCUGAAAUUAACUUUUUAAUCCUUUAUCCAUUAGAACCGUGAGGUGAUUUAAAUACAACUUUGUCAUUUAAUUCUAUAACAAGAAACUAAAAGGUUUUUAUCCCACAAAUGGAAACAACAAGAACAGGCAUCUUACAAUCUGGAACUCUAAUAUAAAAACAAUUUAAGGGGUUUAUUUACUGUUUUUAAUUCCCAAGCGAAAGACGUGUAAGGGAGGUUAAAGGUUUCUUGAGGUGUCCACUGGGUUUGUGACAGGUGUCUACAGGUGCAAUAAAAGUGUUUUAUGGCCAGUCAAUCCAAGAGGUAUGCGGAAACUGUGGCUUACAAGAAAUACUGUAAAUGAAGGUCAGAGUAAUUCAAAACACAGUGAUGGUAAAUGUCAGUAAAGGCUGCAAUGUUUUGAUAGCAUGCUGUCUUUAUAAGCUUUUCUUCCUCAGAGGCAUUGUGCCAACUGGGAACCAAUUCAAAUAAGAGACGAAGUGCAAGAGGAAUAGAAAAGCAUGUUUAGCAUGAAUACGGACACACAAUGUUUGACUUUGACACCUUUCAACAAUCUAACUUCUGUAAAGAUGUUCAUCCAACACACCCUGCUGUGUACUGUAUUAUAAUUCAUAGGCAUUAAUGUGAUGUUUGCACUGACAGAGAGGAUUUAUUUUGUAAAUAAGGCAGAGCAUUCUUCAUCAAAGGGAGGUUCACUUUAAGUUGAUAAAUUAUCUUUUAUAUUAUUAAAGGAGACAGUAAAACCAUGAUUGGGAAAUAAGUUUGGAUUGCUUGAUUGAUCAUAGUUAAGGAUUUAUGGGGGGCACUGAAGCUGUAAUUCAAAAGUCAAAGGUGUGGUGCAAACCCUGGACGCACCCCUGGUACUGUGUCACGGCUCACACUCUUUUGUGCUUCUCAUUCCUGAACUAAGUGCCUGUUUUGUACUGGUCAUGUAUAAAUUAUUCCACAUAAUCUGGAAGCCAAAGCUUGAGCUUUUAAAUACAAUAACAAAAUGUACAAUACCGGGUUUAUUAACGCAACCUUUGUGCUUUUUCUUACUUCCUCAUUCAUUUUUGGCAGUCACCUUUUCUGGGGAUUUCCUGUCAGAUCACUCUUUUGACCUUUUCUGUUCUUGUUUUGUGAAUAUAAGUAAAGAUGAUAGCAAUAAAAGGGCAUAGAAAAAAAAAACAAGAAAAAAAAAACAGAAUUUCUAGCAUGGCUGGUUUAAAUGUCCUGAUUGGUUGCAUAUGUAUAUUUAUAGAGAAGAAGUUUAAGGUAGAAUGUAAUUUAUCUUUGGUGUUAUGUCAGAUCAGGGUCUUUGUGGGCUUUUUUAAAAAGCAUUACAAUGAUCUACUUUAAAGUUGACCAACAUUUUAAGAUUCAGGGUUUUAAGGUAGUCACAAAAAAACUGCAUAAACAAGCUUUGUUUUAUAUCAUCUUGAAACAUCACAUAUUAAUGCAUCUGAGCCUAAGUUAAUGAAUCAGAGAGGCCAGUUUUUCCCCUCCACAAGGAGUAAAUCAUUACCCAGACUCAAACUGGCUUUGUUGUCUGUCACAAAUUAUUUCACCUGCAUUUAAAGGUUUCAUGAAGUGUGUUUAACUGUGUAACUUGUACAGUUUUGUCAAAUACUGAAAAUAUUUAUUUUCCCUUCAAAUUCUAUUUGACUAUUGGUGAGUAGUGAUGUAAAUUGCAAUCAGAUUUUGUUCUAAUAAAUGACUGUAUCGUAAUUUUAAAAGGUUUAAAUGAACUGAAUACAUGAUUGACCAUGAAAUCUUGUCCUUUAAAUAUUAAUUGAUGGAUACAUGUGAUGUAUUUCUUUGAAUCUAUCCUUUAAAAAGACAAUAACACUUUGGAUAAUCCAGGAGAACAUCUAAAUAUAUUGGAAUCCAUAAAUACACCCCAAAUUUUAAGUGGAUUUACUUAAAAUUAAUGUUUUGGGGUUUAAGUCAUUCCUGAAAUCUAAAAGGUUGAUGGUUUUAAAGAGACGUCUAUUGUGUUGUGUCGUGUUUUUCCCUCGAACCUCUGUCAGUCAUUAACAGUUCAAGUUAAACACAGCUUUUUCUUUAACAGUCAUGUAGAGAAUUAUGAUUCACAUUUUACCAAAGAGUCAAUGCAGUGAAUGUUUGACUCAGGUUGGAGAUAUUGUAUUUGAGUCAUAAAUAAACCAUUUUUUUGCAACAACAA